UUGCUUUCAGAAUUAGAACUUGAGAGAAGAGAAAGCUUAAGUGGCCAUCAACCCAAGUGCAAAAAUGAGUGUUCUUUGGAGCUUCUUGCUUUAUAUAAUUCUUCUGGGCGACAUCAACGCAAAUUCUUUUCUGGGAUAUGCCUUAUUCCGGAACGAGACAGAUAGAUUGGCUUUGUUGGCUAUCAAAGAUGAAAUAACUGUAGAUCCCCAUGGAGUCUUCAACUCUUGGAACAAUUCUCUUCAUCAUUGCCAAUGGGAAGGAAUAUCUUGCAGCAUUAAGCACCCUGGGAGGGUAACCAUCCUGAACCUGAGCUCACAGGGUUUGGUAGGUUCUAUCUCACCACACAUAGGGAAUCUCAGCUUUCUCAGAAGUAUCGUCCUUCAGAACAAUAGCUUCCAUGGAGAAAUCCCACAAGAGGUUGUAAAGUUGUUCCGUUUACGCAUCCUAUAUCUGAACAACAAUACCUUCGGAGGGGAAGUUCCAAAGAAUCUAACUAAUUGUAAAGAUCUCAGGGAAAUCAAAUUUAUUGAUAACAAUCUCACAGGGGAAUUUCCAAUUGAGCUUACCUCUCUACCAAAUCUUGCAGUUCUAGACCUUAGCCUCAACAAUUUUCAAGGAAAGAUCCCGCCUGCCAUAGGGAAUGUCUCAUCUCUCAUCUUUCUUGGUUUGCUAGAGGCUAGGCUAGAAGGAAGCAUUCCUGAGGAGAUUGGUCAAUUGACGAGAUUGCAGUCUCUUCUAAUUGGAGGUAACAAUCUGACUGGAGCUAUUCCUUCUACCUUGUAUAAUCUGUCGAGCCUUAUCAGUAUAUCACUGGCAUUCAAUAAGCUAGAAGGAGGUCUCCCAGGAGAUAUUGGCUUGAGAUUUCCCAACAUCAAGCGACUUACGAUUGGAGGAAACAGAUUCACAGGUGUCAUCCCUUUUUCAUUGUCAAAUGCUUCGCAGCUCAAAAUCAUCUCUUUUCCUUUGAAUAGUUUCACUGGACCUGUACCAGGAGAACUAGGAAGGUUAGCAAAUCUCUCAUGGAUUGGUCUAAAUGACAACUUGCUAGGAACCGGAAGUGGGGAUGAUUUAAGUUUUAUUCCUUAUUUAACAAACUGCAGCAGAUUAGAGAAGCUGUUCUUAGGCAGAAAUCUUCUCAAAGGACCAUUGCCUAAUUCCAUUGCCAACCUCUCCUCCCAAAUUAGAUACUUAUCAAUAGGAAAGAAUCAGAUUUAUGGAACCGUUCCUUCAGAGAUAGGGAACCUUGUGAACUUAAAUGUCUUGGAUAUGCAGCACAACAUGUUUCAUGGUAAUAUUCCUCCAACUAUUGGCAAUCUCCAAAAUCUGUUUCAACUGUAUUUCCAUGGCAACAACUUCACAGGACAAAUUCCAUCUACCCUUGGUAAUAUUACUUUCCUAUAUGAUCUUGCUUUUGGGGAAAAUCAUCUGUCUGGAAAUAUACCUCCAAGUCUAGGGAACUGUCAUGAUUUGUUGAACCUAUAUCUUGCUUUGAAUGAACUUGAUGGUUACAUUCCUGAAUCCAUGUUUCGCCUUUCUUCCAUUGUGUUUAUCAAUCUUUCUUUCAAUUCCUUAACUGGUACCCUGCCGCCAGAUGUUGGCAACUUGAAACAGCUUGAAAGUUUAGAUGUCUCUCAGAACAAACUGUCAGGUAGCAUUCCAAGCUCACUAGGCUCUUGUUUGAGCUUGAUGAGUCUCCGAAUGAAUAGUAAUUCUUUUCAAGGCACAAUCCCACAAACUUUAAGUGCCUUAAGAGGAUUAAAUGAGCUAGAUCUUUCAUGUAAUAACCUAUCUGGGAUGAUACCAGAGUAUAUAGGAAGUCUUCCUUUUUUGCAAAUUUUAAAUAUUUCUUUCAAUGAUCUCGAAGGUGAAGUUCCAGAAACCGGCAUUUUCAAAAAUGCUAGUAUAAUUUCUCUUAUUGGAAACAAAAAACUGUGUGGAGGAAUCCCAGAAUUGAAGUUUCCAGCUUGUAAUUUCCUGCACUCUAAUCAAAGAGGAAUUUCUCAAGCUCUGAAAGUGAUCGUUACAUUAAUCAUUGUGGCUAUUUGUUCAGCUGUGUUAGUAGGUUUACUAAUCAUUCGCUACAGGAAAAACAACUCAGUGGUGAAUCUUUCUUCCGCACCACUCAACCAUCAAUUCAUCCAAAUUUCUUACCAAGAACUUUUACAAGCAACUGAAGGUUUCUCUGAGGCUAAUUUGAUAGGUUCGGGAAGCUAUGGGUCCGUGUAUAAAGGAUUCCUUCACAACACCCAAUCUUUUGUUGCGGUGAAAGUUUUUGAUUUUCGAUGCAGAGGAGCUUCAAAGAGCUUCACUUCUGAAUGCAAAGCUCUGAGAUACAUCCGCCAUCGUAAUUUGUUAAAAAUACUGAGCGUAUGCUCAAGUUUGGAUUAUCAAGGCAAUGACUUCAGAGCUAUAGUCUAUGAGUUCAUGCCUGGAAGAAGUUUAGAAAGCUGGUUAUAUCCACAAAAAGAUGUAGAUAAACAAGGUAAAUUCAGAAGUCUUAAUCUUGAGCAGAGAUUAAAUAUCGCCAUCCAAGUUGCUUCUGCACUCGAGUAUCUUCACUGUCAUUGUCAACCAUCAAUAGUUCAUUGUGAUCUCAAACCUAGCAAUGUACUUCUUGACAAAGACAUGGUUGCUCAUGUGGGUGAUUUUGGGCUUGCCAAAGUCCUUUCCAAAGUUUCUGCUGAUUCCAAGGAUGAUAAGUCUACCUCCGCCAUCAUAAAGGGAUCUAUUGGAUAUGUUGCCCCAGAGUAUGGUAUGAGCAAAGGUGCAAACAUUCAAGGAGAUGUCUACAGUUUUGGGAUUCUUCUGCUGGAAAUGUUUACAGCAAAGAGACCAACCGAUGACAUGUUUCAAGAAGACCUGAACCUUCACAAUUUCACUAGAAUAGCACUACCCAAUCGAGUAAAGGAUAUUGUGGAUCAAAACUUGAUAUCUGAUGAAGAAAUAGGAGGAAGGAUACAGGAAUGUUUGGUAUCUGUGCUGAAAGUUGGGAUUUCAUGCUCUGUGGAGAGUCCUAGAGACCGCAUGAAAAUAAUAGAUGUGGUAAGGGAACUGCAUCUGAUAAAGGAAGCUUAUGGAAGAGAAGGCAUCUUCUAUACAAUGAAAGACUGAAGUUUCUAGUCAUCUAGCGUGUUUAGCUGUGUUGCACUCCCUUCUCAUCCUCUGUUGUGCCCAUAUGUUUCCUUACUACUACCUGAAUUGUAGUAUGAAUGCUGUUCUUAUUGUAGCUAGAGAGUUUUCAAGCAUCAAAUAAACAGCCUUCUGUUGGUUUUGACUAGAGUGCACCAAAUA